AUGUCGCAGGACACCAUGAUUCAGGCCCUCAUGCAGUCGCAGGCGUACAAGCAGCAGCCUGAGAAGAAUCAGCAUCACCUCGUCAUCUACGACAGCAAAACGGAAGGGGAGAGCAAGACCCAGCCAGCCAUCAGGAUGCCGGCGAACAGGCCGACGUACAUGUCCUCUGUUGUGGGCGCGAGCCUUCGGGCAUUUUGCCCGGAGUAUCUGGCAACCGGUACUGCCGAUGAGGAUGCGCUCAGCAUCAACGAGCAGACCAUCUUCAUGUUCUUCGAUGCCUUCAAACAUGACAACCAGGCUACGUUCGAGAAGAUUUUCAACUUGCCAGACCGGAAGCUGAAGAGGGCCAAGCGCAUCCUGUAUAUUUCGUACGAGGAGUCCACCUACCUACGCCGGACACGCGCCAGAGUCAGCCAAUGGACAGAUCUCGAUAUCGUGGAGCAGGCUCUCAUCAUUUCCCAGAACAGUUUGAAGCUGGAGCUGCGUAAGCGCCUUGUGUACGACAACUGCACCAACCGCUUCAAUCACAUCGGCCCUGUCACCCUGGAGGACCCGAGCUCGGACUGGAACCUCAGCUUGGCGGACAAGAAGGAGCUUCUUGGGGACACUCUGCGCGAGUCUGGGGGGAGAUCGGCAGUAGAAGCGGAGGACAGCGGCGGCAGGCGAGCUGCGACCGACCUCGAGCCGGUUAGCUGGCACGGCAAUAGCACCGACUUCUGGAAGGAAAUUCUUCACGGCUACCUCGCAGCAACCUGCACCGACUGCACCCCGCAGAAUGACAAUCUCGCGGUUGCUUGCAUCCUGCUGGGAGUGAAGUACGUGGCGUUUUUGAAUACCCCAGCUCACGCAGAACUGUUGAGCCCGCGCCUUGAGGAGCAGAUCUUCAAGCUCAUGAGGGACCCGACCUGUGAGGAGCUCUACGUGCCCGUGGCCAUGUCGGAGCUUUCCUUCUUGAAUCCUGAUGCGCCUGUUCAACGACACGCCAGGCAAGGCUGGUGGCCGAGGAAGAAAAGGGCAGGCAAAGGCAAGGCUGGUGGCCGAGGAGAGAGUGAUGGCAACAAGGGUGCUGGAGGCACAGGCGCAGAAGCUGGGGGCAAGAGCGCAGGACAGGACGGCAGCGAAGGCAAAGGUGGGUCAGGCGAGGGCAGCGUGAGCCAACGCAAGAAGAAGGGCGCAGGGAAAAGCCAUGGAGGAGUUGAGGACUUGGCAAGCCUGUUGCAGUAG